GGCGUUCUACGACCGGGCUAGCUGGCGUGAAGGAGGUGUUGUGUAUGCGUGGCGUUCUGUCGUUCAUAGCGCCCGAGACGAGUGGGGCGAAGAUCAAGGUCCUUGAGGACAACAAGGGGGCUGUCGCCUUAGUGGAGAACCCGUUCAGCUCAGCGAGGAGCAAGCACAUCGACGUGCGGUUCCAUUUUAUUCGCGAGCUAUUCACGUCGGGCAAGAUAACCGCAGAGUAUGUUCCGACUGGAGAGCAGCACGCCGACAUGCUGACCAAGGUCCUUGGNAUUCUCGAGCUAUUCAAGUCGGGCAAGAUCACUGCAGAGUCCUUGGCAGAGAAAAGUUACNCGCCCGAGACGAGUGGGGCGAAGAUCAAGGUCCUUGAGGACAACAAGGGGGCUGUCGCCUUAGUGGAGAACCCGUUCAGCUCAGCGAGGAGCAAGCACAUCGACGUGCGGUUCCAUUUUAUUCGCGAGCUAUUCACGUCGGGCAAGAUAACCGCAGAGUAUGUUCCGACUGGAGAGCAGCACGCCGACAUGCUGACCAAGGUCCUUGGCAGAGAAAAGUUACAGUACCACCGGAAGGCUCUGAUGAACCUACCGAUGUAGUGUUCUCUUGUUCUGUUUGAUUAAUGUGGUGUCUUCCGCACUUGGCAUAUAUGACCAUGGGGGGGGAUCUCAACCUAUCCCCGUCCACACCACCAUCAGUAUAAACCAGUCACCGCACCAUCAGGCAUACUCUCGAUGUCAUGCCUGCCCCCCACAGACUUAGAUAUCCAUGCAUACAACGUAUUCUCCGAAACAUAGUCCACAUAUGCAAAGAUAAUGCCGCACGACCUACAUUUCCACGGAAAGGAAAUGAAAAUUCAGAAACAAAAAUUGCCC